AUGGAUCUUCUAGAUGAAUUGCAUAUGGCUGAUUGCAAGGGUGUUCCAACACCAAUGACAUCAACCUGCUCUUUCGCUGAUUUAGAAGUCGAUUCUGCAGUUGACGUAUCUCUUUACAAAAGAAUCAUUGGUAAGCUUCACUACCUAUCCUUCACUAGGCCUGACAUCGGGUUUGCUGUUAGAAAAUUGUCUCAGUUUAUGCAUAAUCCUAAAAUGUCUCACUGGAAAGCCAUCAAACUUUUGCUGCGUUAUCUCAAACACACAAGCACCAUGGGACUCCAGCUAAGUCGACAACCAACAGCUAGUUUACUUGCUUAUUCUGACUUUGAUUGGGCUGGAAAUCCACAGGACAGAACAUCAACAACAGGCUAUGUUGUCUACCUUGGGAACUCACCAAUCUCUUGGUCUUCCAAAAAGCAAAAAUCUAUCUCACGCUCAUCCACAGAAGCUGAGUACCGAGCUGUUGCUGCUACUGUUUCUGAAGUCAUUGGCUCACGAAUUUGCUCCGUGAGCUUCGUUUUUCACUAUCUGCUCCACCAACAGUCCUCUAUGAUAAUGUUAACACCAUCUACAUUUGCACUAAUCCAGUUUUUCAUAGUAGGAUGA